UCGCAACCCGAUCUCCUCGCUUCGCCUCGCCUCACCUCCAAUGGAGACGCCAAACCGCAAGCUCCGCGAGCGCGAAUUGCGCCUCAUCCACGAGCGCCUCCCGUGCCUCGUCGACCGGCGCCACAUGGGCCAUGUCUGCCGCUCCUGGCGCGCCACCGUCAAGGAGAAGCAGCCGCUGCCGUGGAAGAGGCACCUCCCGCUGAUCCUCGUCCCGUGCGCCGACGGGCCUUCCUUCUCGUGCGCGCUCUCCGGCUGCGCCACCCACGGCUUCGGCCGCCCGCUACCGGACGCCGCGCGCGGCGCGCGCUACUUCGGAGCCUACGACGGUGGCUGGGUGUUCGUCACCUUCGGCAAGCGGAACGACUACGCGCUCUUCAGCCUCCGCACCCACGAUGUCCUCCGAAUCCUCUACCCCUACGUGGCCUGGAACACGGUGGCCGCGACCCUCUCGUCGCCACCGGAAAACGAAGGCUGCGUCGCCGCCGCCAUCGGCUACUUGACCCCUCGGGAGAACGGUCCACGCGUUCAUAGAUUCUGGUGCAUGAGACAUCAGGUUACGGCGAGGAGGACGAUGACUGUUCCUAGGAUCAUGAGCGGAGCAGCUCUGGAGGAUGUCAUACACCACAAAGGAGCCUUCUAUUUCCUCAGCGGAGAAGAAAACCUCCAUGUUUUUCCGGUACCGGGCUUCCGCGAAGACGAUAAGGGCAAUCUGGAGGUGCCGCCCAUGGAGAUUCGCCGCUUCUCGCGUGGUGGCCGCAAUUACGGUGGAGAUGGAGACGUCGUUGUUCGCUACCUGGUGGAGUCCGGUGGGAAUCUCCUCAUGGUGGUUAGGCUCGCCCGUGGUCCUCUCCCCGUGGCCCCGACGACGUCGGAGUUCAAGGUGUUCGAGAUGGUGGAGCCGCCGCCGGGGACGCCCAACAACAACGACGACGACGCCCCAUACGCCUGGAACGAGCUGGAGUCGCUGGGUGGGCGGAUGCUCUUCGUCGCGCGAGGCUGCUCCAGAUCGUACAACGCGGCCGACUAUCCGGGGGCCGAGUUCAAGGACGGCGUCUACUUCCUGGACGACGGGAGGCUCUACCGCGAGCUGGCGAUGUUGGAGGCUGCCGCCGGCGAGCGGCAAUACCCCUGCAGAGACAGCGGCAAAUGGCUGCCUGGCGCGGAGCGUGUGGACAGGCUCUUGCCGGAGCAAGGCCCGUCGAACUACUCGUCGCCGGUUUGGAUUCUCCCGUGAGACUGCCAUGUUCUUAGUUAGAUCGUCCUGGUACAGGUAUGCCAGCGAGCAGCGAGUUUUCAGUCUGACGUUGUUGUCGUGCUGAUCAGUCGAUAGUUGCUGUUUCAUUCGUGGUCAGAUAUGGUAAUUGUUGAUUUGUCCAGUUUUCAUUUCAGAGUCCAGAUCCUAUGCAGUUGCAGUUGUUCGAUCUAUCAUAACAUCCGUUCAGUGCUAGUGUAAUGCAGAACUUGUUAGUGCAUGAUUAUAUGGCAACCAGUAAUGCAGUAUGGGGAUUGCGUUAGUGUACAUGCUUUGGAUCAAAUGCAUUUGCAUUUUGAACUGAAGAACCGACUGCUUCUGCAGCGUGCUUUCAGUUGCUUCAAUUCUCUCUCGAAUUCUGACUUCUGAGGAUCUAAUCAGAAACUCAGAGUCGUUGGUCGGAUGAGAAAAUAA